AUGACUGCCGAAGCAGCCCCAGCCCUGGGCCUUGAGGGCCAACUCCAUGAGGAGUAUAUUGACUACUCGGAAGACGAUUCGGCAGCUCCUGCUGCCGUCGCAGAAGGCUCUCACAUCACUUCAUUUCCUGCCAACGCCCAUUUUGUCACCGAUGAAGUGGACUACACUGGAACGAGCGCAUUAGGGCCGGGCCACCAGACCAUCGACCAACAGGUCGAUGCGGAGAUUGAUGUUAUUUCUGUUGCCGCCGAUACAUCACUACAGCCAGGCGACCUAGAUCCCACUGAUGGGCUUGAAGUCGACGGCGUUGAUUCUAUUAGCGCGAUAGAAGCUGAAGACUCUUACAUGAACGAAGAUGAAUCUCUUACCUACGCCGAUGUUGCCGAACCUGAAUAUGGAUUGGUCGCGGAGAAUGAGAUUAGUUGGGAAGACGGUCCGGCCAACGAGGAAGACGUAACCCAGAACGAGGAAAAUGAGCACGAGGACAACGAGGUCGAGAACAGUCAGGACGAAGACAACCAGGACGAAGACAACCAAGACGAGAGCCACAUUUCUCUUGAGAAAGAUGAAUGGCAACUGGUGGCAGCGAAGGAAGGCCUCUCACAGGGCGGCAUGAGCCCUGCGAACAGUGCUGGGGAAGAAGAACCGGAAGCUCACGAGGUCGAUCAAGGGCUUGCGGACUCUUCAAACGACGCUAAUAACUUGGAUGCGAAUCUUGAUGUAUUUGACGUGGCCGAUGUUGAUGCUGGCCUCGAUGAACAGCAAGUUGCCGAACCCCACACCACGGAAGUCAAUGACCUGCACGAGAUAGACUUCAACGAUGGCGGCAACGUAGCAAUUAUCGAUGCUGUAGUGGGAACCAGCGAUACGCGUUCAGAGAAUCCUCCAGACUACCAAGAGACCGACGGCGAUUUCCCGACGGAACAAGAUGCCGAGGAUCAUCCCAUGGGCGUAGACACGGAAUCGCAGCCUGAGGAUGAGAUUGAGAGCAUUAUGGCUGUUGCCAACGCUGACCAGACCAAUGUUGAGGAGACCCAUGAUGAUGUCGUCAACGCCGAAGACUAUGACGCAGUUGCUGAAGAUUCGUCUGUUCGCGAGCACGUGGAAUUCGAUGACGAAGUUCUUGCCGACGCGCGAUCGUCUGUAUCGGCUGAGACGCCGAUUCACGAAGAGAUGGAAAUCCCCGUUAUCACUGUCUCGUACAAGGGCAUCGACUAUCCUUUCUUCUAUGGGUCUCCAGACAGUCAGGGCAAAGAGUGUUUCUUCAAUGAUCUGACUCUAUUACACUGCAAAAUGGAGGGUGUAUUGGCAGGCUUCCGUCGAGAGCUUGCCAAUGAGUUGGGCCCUUUUGACGAACUUGUGUUCCAAAUCGAUGAGCUUGGCCUUGAGUUCACUGAAUCCAGCCAAGCAGAGGUCUUCUCGGACAUCACGUUGGGCCAGAUAAUUUCCGUGUUCGACUCACUGGUCAAAAACCAGAAUGCCGAUGCAUCCAAGCCCCUCUAUGCGUACUUGACUACGCGGCCGAACUGCAAGAAGCGCUGGCUUUCGCUUGUCGACGAUGCCUACAAUGGCAAAGGACUCGAUGAGAUUAGCUAUUAUUUCGCGUCUCGCGCACAGAGCGAGGUACCCGAGAUCAUGGAUGAUGAGCCUGACCUGAUAGGAGAAGAAGAUAACGCCGAUGCUGCCGCUUGGCCGCAAUCUCCCGCCGAAAGCGGACAUGGUGAGCACAAAUUGCAUGAGGCUGAAAGCGAAAAUGAGGAGAUCAACGAAGACGACGAUGUUGGCGAUGGCAUCACCGGAGAUGACGAUGCCCAGUCGCAGAACGGGAUUGAGGAGAGUUCCUUGCAGCCAGACGAGAGCGCUAUAUCGAUGCCAGACGCUGAGACUGCCAUUGUUGAUGCCGAAGUUUCUCUGAUGGACAAAUCCACCGCAGUUGCAGACCCGAGCGUUGUUGAAGACGGCGGCGACGAGGAAGAUGCAAUGGAGGAUCAGCAGCCCCAAGAGAAUGGGGAGGCAGACGCUGACGCUAGAACCCAAGCUUCAGAGAUCGAUGAACCCGACCCACUCGCCUCGGAAACGCAACACGCAGCUGUUCUCAGCACUGCUAUUGACGCACAGAACAUAUUUGACGACGAAGACGCAGCAAUCAUCGCAGAUCAGGUCGUCGAAAACGCCAAUGAGAAUUUCGCAGAAAAGGUAACCCCUGAUACCAGUGCCACGUCUACCUUGAACGGCGACGAAGAGGUCACCUACGAGAACGAGCUUGAUCUUAACGCCGACCUACAUGAAACGGAGGAUGUUGAAGCCGAGGUUGUCGUCGAAGAUGAUGGGCUAGCGGAGAUUGACUGGAGAGAAUUCUCCGGGCAAGGGGAUGACGAGAUUGCCGUAGAGUCCCCUUCAGCCUCUGGCAAACGCCAGAGGUCGGAUGUGGACGACCUGCUGGAUGCUGAAGCUCAACAAGGUACGAUCAAGAGGUUCAAAAGACUCUGA